CCAAAUGUAGGAUUCUAUGCGUCGACUUCACUAAAAUGCACAGCAGAAUGUUGUGAUGUUGAUACGUUUGGUGAAGUUGAAGGUAAUUACGGAAAUCACUUCGAUACAUCAACCGGGGUAUUUACUGCUCCACUGGAUGGCUUGUAUUUAAUAAGUGUUAGUUCAGGAACUUCAGGAAGACGUGAAAUUUACUGUACUAGAUGCUAUCACAAGAGAAAUAACCAGUUGUAUAAAAAGGGAGAUGGCACUAAUCUGUUCGAUAUUUAUGCCAGCCAAACGAUAACGAGGUGCAUUGAGAUGAAAGCAGGGGACAUAGUUUAUUUGCAGUCGACGACCUUUCACGAAGACAGUGAAAUCUGGAUUUCGAUUCAUUUUUCAUGUUGCAUGAUUAAACGAUGACUUGAAAAUUA